GGGGAAACUACUUUAUAUUAUUAGAAUACACAGCAAAAUCAAAAACAGAAAAAAAGGGAGAGAAAGAAUAAGGAGAAACAAACCAACACAGAAACGCCAUUCAUCUUCAGAGGCUCUGUUGUGUGGUUCAUAGACAAGUACAGCAACCAAUAGAAUGUCUCCAUCAGUGAAAUCAAAAUCCAAGUCCCAGGAGAAAGCCUCUUCAAGGGCUGGUAAGGAACAACAUAAGACUUCUCCAAAGACUUCUGUCUCUCCUACUCAUGGAAGUGGUGUUCCUGCCAGUCCACAAAAUCCGAUCUUGGGAACAUUUCCAGAAACAUUAUUGGUUGCUUCCUCUAUUCGAGUUCAUGACACCGGUCAUUUCACGAAAGUAGAGGAUGCAGAUGAGCAUUCUAGUAGUCCCCAAGGAGCCGUGUCGGAGAGUGAUUCAGUUUCUAUCAAUGGCAGCUGCUCUGGUGAGUCAGAAGAGUCUAAAGAGAAGGUAGCAGUAACGAACUCUUCUACACGGCCUGAUAGUGUACCUGGUUGUGAUAGUGACAGGAGGGAGAAAAUCCGGUUGAAGAAUGAGAGGAAGCACCAGAGACAGAGGGAAAGGAGAGCUCAAGAACUGCAUAACCGAUGUUGUGGCUAUCUGAUGUCAAAGAAACUAGAAUCACUUGCACAGCUCCUGGUGGCAAUGGGGUUCUCUUCUGAACGAGCAACACUGGCCUUAAUGUUAAACGAUGGAAAAUUGGAGCAAUCAGUAUCUUGGCUAUUUGAAGCAAAUGAAGAACAAUCACAAACUAAGGAUACUACCAGCCUUGUGAGUGAGGGUAAUCUGAAAAUUGACAUAACUGAUGAGCUUGCUCAGAUAUCUGCCUUGGAAGUCAAGUACAAUUGUUCAAAGCAAGAGGUUGAGAGAGCAAUUGUUGCUUAUGAAGGUGAUCUUCAAAAGGCAGAAAAUACCUUAAAAACUCAGAAGCAGGAGCAGCAUGGUACCCAAUCUAAGUCUGAAGAUUCUGGUCAGAACAGUAUGAGAUCACAAGGAUUGCCAGCAGAGUCUGUUUCCAUGCAGCAGAGAGAGAGUGAAAGUGACUUCAACCAUUACAGCAAGGAUGGUGGUUCUGACUCUAUGUUCCCUGAUCUUGAAACCGGGAAUGUACAGUCUCUGCAACCGAAUCAUCCGAAUUUCACCAGGGAGAGAAGGUGGAGUGGUGUUCCAGGAUCAAGCCCUUCUUCUGCCAUGUUAGCCAUGGCACCAUCCAUGCAGGCAGUGUCUCCAUUGAUCAAAAUGGAGGCUGGCAUGCCUAUUGGUGUUGCAAACGAAGGAAGAAUGACUCAACAAGGACUAGGAAGGGAACCAGUAAUGAUGCAACAUCCACAAUUCACAAAUGCCAAACAAAACUCUAUGGUUUCUUUAAAUUCCUUUCCUUCAGGAGCUGCAGGGUGGUAUGUAAAUAGUAUUCCAGGUGUUGAAAAUGUUAGGUCAAAUGGGAAGUUACUACAAACUCAAAGUGUAAGAAGUAUCAGUCCAAAUCAUUUGGAGCAAUUUUGCCAAGCACCUUACAAAGAAUAUUCUCAUUUCUUUGGACCAGUAGAUUACUCAUCUGCUGGGGUGGGUGGUUUCUGCAAGCCAAUGGGUGCAUCAUCAACACCUUCACCUUCGAUUCCUCCUCGGCAUCACGGUUCAUGGAGCAUGAACGUGCCGCCGUUGCCUGCACUCGCGGUGCCGACUUCCCUUGGACUGUUUUCCGGUCAUCAUAAUGCAGCCAGAACAUUCAGCUCACAUCCACACAUGGAUUGGAACACUGGGGGGUUGAUGCCAGAGUUUGACUAUACCAGCAUAGAUUGGAGUUUGAAUGUGCAAUCUUCUUCAGGUGGAGCUUGUCUAGGGAUCUCUUCAUUGUUGAGAAACAGUUAUGGAAAUAGGAGAAGCAGUCCCUGCAUGAGUGGAUUGCAAAAUGUUGGCAUGAAUAGGGAAAGUUCAUCAUCUGCUGGAUUGAGAGAGUGGACCACUCCUUUUGCUGGGAAGGACUUGUUCAGUGUUCCUAGGCAGUUUGUUACAUCUCCUCCUAUGUAGUUUUUUCUCUUGAAAAAAAUGGUUGUGUUAAUGCUUUUUUCUGGUUUUCCAGUGAAAUGAAUUCAUCUUUUUGUGGUC